AUGGCGCAGGAGACCAUGAACAUAGCUAAGCUAAGUGGAAAAACUUUCAACGAUUUACUGCGGGAAAAACUCACUCAGAUUUCAAGCUCCUUAAUUCCAGAUGAAGUGGACGAAGAUGAGACUGCGCUUGAUGAGCUCAGAUCCAGCAACAUUCAGCUGAAUGUUUCUGAGGCAAAUAACCCCAGUCCUAGUUUAAAGCAAAAUGAGCCUGCACUGGACUAUGAUGAAGCACCACAAACUGACAGACGGUUGUCAGUUCUGGACUUGAAAUCUGGUUAUUACCAGAUAGAAAUGGAAGAAUCUGAUAAGUACAAGACCGCUUUCUCAUGCCCGUUAGAGUUCUGGGAGUUUAAUAGAAUGCCUCAAGGCAUCACAAAUGCACCAAUAUUUUCCCAAACUCCUGAAGAGCAUGAGGAGCGGCUCUUGAAAGUACUUGCAAGACUAAGAGAAUAUGGGCUGAAACUGUCCCCAGAAAAGUGCAAAUUCUUCCAAGCGUCUGUUCGCCAGCUCGCCGCACCUCUGACUUCCUUGACCUCCUCCAAGACGCCGUUCAGGUGGUCCAGUGCAGCUGAAGCUGCCUUUUCCAAACUAAAAGGCUGCUUCGUUUCAGCCCCGAUCCUCAUUGCCCCUGAUCCUUCCCGGCAGUUUGUGGUGGAGGUCGAUGCGUCUGAGGUUGGGGUCGGAGCCAUUCUGUCCCAGCGCUCCUCCUCGGAUGGCAUGUGUGAUCUAAGAAUCGUUCUUCUUGGAAAAAGUGUAUCGGAAAACAGUCGAGUGAGAAAUGUAAUCCUGGGAAUAGAUAUGUGUGAGAAUGAAGAUCUGGCAGCCCUUACGAGGCACAAUGUGACGCAGAUUGCUGGAACUGUGGAAGACAGACACGUGACGAUCAUUAACACUCUUCAUCUGCUGAAUCCAGACACUACAGAUCAUCAGAUCACACAGACAGUCAGAGAGUGUGUAGAAAUGUCUGAUCCAGGACCUCAUGCAUUCAUACUGGUACUACAGUACAAAGACUUCACAGAAGACGACAUGAGAAAAGUCAAAUAUGUGCUCAACACAUUUAGUAAAGAUGCACUUAAACACACUAUUGCUCUCACCACUGAUAAAGAGACGCCCAGAUCAAUGUUUAGUGCUUUUAAACUGACUGGAGGCUCUGCUGCGGUGCAAACUAUUCAUCAGUUAAUGAAGGAGUGUGGAGGAGGACAUCUGCAGCUGGAUGAGAGAAAUAAAGCAGAUAUAAUUCAGCUGAUUGAUAAGAUUCUCCAGGAAAACCAGGAAGCGUAUCUCACAUGUGACACAUUCAGUGAGGUUAUAGGAACUUCUGUGGAUGAGCCAAUCAGUUUGGAGGAAAAUAACGAGAAAAUCCCUCGCCACAGUGACGAUGGAAACCCCAAAGAGGCACAGAAACUGAGAAGUGAAGAAGGGAGUUUCUCUAUGUCUGCAAACCUCACUGGGAGACAGAAGCUGAAUGUGGUGCUCUGUGGAAGUAAUGGAUCACUGAAAGUCUCUGUGUCUAAACUUUUACGUGGAAAAAAGUUCAAAUCAACAAGUAGGCAGGCAAGUAGUGAAAUACGUGUGAAGAAAGAGAAGAUUCACGGUCGUCAGGUCAGUCUGCUGGAGCUUCCAGCUCUCAGUCGUCUCUCAGAAGAUGAAGUGAUGCGUCAGACUCUCCACUGUGUCUCUCUCUGUGAUUCUGAAGUUCAUGCUUUCCUCCUCAUUAUUCCCGCUGGUCCUCUGACUGAUGAAGAAAAAGCAGAAAUAGAGACAAUUAGAAGAACAUUUGACUCUUGUGAGCAAUUCAUACUACUGUUCAUGACAAAACAGACUGUUGAAGGACCCGUGACAGAUUUUGUUAAAUUCCACGAAGGUCCUAAAAGAUUGUGCAGUCAGUAUGGUGGCAGAUAUAAAGUGAUGGGGUUAAAGGAACUUGAAAAUGCAAAAAGGAUCCUAGAGCUGUUGAAUUACAUAGAGAAUUUGAAAACUAAGCCAUAUUCACUUCAGAUGUACAUGACAGCUCAACAGAACAGAGUCAGGGGUGAACUGGAGAAAAAAAUGAGUGAAAUGGAAAAGAAAAUCAAAGACUUGCAGCAGAGGAUUCAGACUGAAGGUUCUGAAGAUGAAACCGAAAAUCAUGAAUGUCUGAGGAUUGUGCUAAUUGGAAGAACUGGAAGUGGAAAGAGCGCAACAGGAAACACUAUUCUUGGAAGAGAGGAGUUCUGCAGCCAGUUAAGGCCAGAUUCAGUGACGAAUGUCUGCGAGAAAGGAGUUGGAGAAGUUGAUGGUCGAUCAGUAGCUGUUGUUGAUACUCCAGGGCUCUUCGACACAACACUGACAAAUGAUCAAGUGGUGGAAGAAAUAGUGAAGUGUGUUUCACUGUCAGCUCCUGGACCUCAUGUGUUUGUCAUUGUGUUGAGUUUGGGAAGAUUCACCAAAGAGGAGACAGACACUAUCGAUCUGAUCAAGAAGAUAUUUGGUACAAAAUCUGCUCAGUUCAGCAUCGUUCUGUUUACCAGAGGAGAUGAUCUCAAUGAGUCUAUAAAUGAUUAUGUGAGUAAAUAUAACUGUGCAGAACUCCAAAAACUGAUCAGAGAUUGUGAAAACAGAUUCCUGGCUUUCAAUAACAGAGAAAAACAAGACAAAACUCAAGUGAUGAAGCUGUUAAAGAUGAUAGAAGAGGUGAAGAGUAAUAAUCAGGGUGGAUACUUCACUAACAGCAUGUUUGAGGAAGCAGAGAUGUCCAUUAAGAAGAGGAUGGAGGAAAUUAUGAAGGAGAGAGAAAGAGAGAUGCAAGCUCAAAAUGAGGCAUUAAAGGCCAAAUAUGAAAUUGAAAUGAACAAUGUGAUGAAAAGACUUGAGGAGGAGAAACAAAGAGCAGAAGAGGAGAAAUUGAAAAUCGAGAAUAAAUUCAGAGAAAAAGAGGAAAAACUAAAGAAAGAGUUUGAAGAGAAGGAGAAAGCAGAUCAGAUCAAGCGAGAGAUUCAACACCAGAAACGGUCAGAAGAGGAAAAACAGCAGAGAGCUGAAUAUCAUCAGAGAAUAGAAGAAAUGAUGAGAGAGAUCGACAAUCAGAGAUCACAGUAUGAACAACAGCAGAAAGAAAGAGAAGAACAAGACAGAAAGAGAGAAGAAAAAUACAGACAAGACCAAGAAAAGAUGAGAAAUGAACAAGAGAGAAUUAUAGCAGAGGUACAGAGAAAACAAGAGGAGGAAAUAAAGAAGAAAUACUAUGAUAAUCAAAAGAGGAACAAGGAAGAAGAGGAGGAAAGACAGAGAUGGGAAAGAAGAAUAAAAGAAGCUGAAAAUGACAGAAAAGAGAUUCUAGAGGAAAUUAAACGACAGCAGAGAGAAUGGGAGGAUGAGAAAAGACGGAGGUUGAGAGAACGAGAGGAAGAAGAAAGAAAAAGAAAAGAGAAACACGAAGAACAACUGAGAGAAAAACAAGAAGAACUGGAGAAAAUGAGAAAGAGAUUUGAAGGAGAAAGAGAAGAAGAACGACAGAAGAUGGAGGAAGAGAGACAGAAACAGAGAAGAGAAAGAGAAGAAAAGGAGAGAGAUUAUGAGGAAAAGAGACAGGAGACAAAGAGACAUUAUGAACGACUGGAACGAGAGAGAAAAAAGGAGUGGGAGAGAAGAAAAGAAGAAGAUGAAGAGAGACGAGAAGACGAGAGAAGGAGAUGGAAGAAAAUGAUUGAAGAUCUGAAACGAGAGCAGGACGAGGAGAAAGGUAGGAGAGAAGCAGAAGAGAAAGUAAGACAAAAGAGAGAAGAGAAAGAG